AUGCAGUCUUUGGACCGGCCCCAGUGGGUCACCGCUGAUGUGCGCCACUUUGACCUGACCACCCUGGGCAAGUUCCAGGUCAUCAUGGCCGACCCCCCAUGGGAGAUCAACCAGGAGCUGCCAUAUGGCCUGAUGAGCGACAAUGAGAUGAGGACCAUGAACCUUGGGGCGCUCAUGGACAACGGCGUCAUUUUCCUUUGGGUCACGGCGCGCGUCUUGGAGCUAGGCCGGGAGCUGCUAGAGCGGUGGGGGUACCUGCGGGUGGACGAGCUGAUCUGGAUAAAGACCAACCAGCUCUGCCAGCUCAGCCGGCGGCCGCCUGCAUUCCUGGGGUGA